UAACAAUUCAAAGUGAAUGGAUAUUACAAAAAAAGAAGACUCCAAGAGAAUAAUAAUAAAACUCCGAUAAACAAUGAAGUUAUGAUAACCGGUGUUAAUAAAAUAAAAGAAUUAAAUAGUUUAAUUUAUUAAAAAUCAUAUUAAGCAAUAUGUUUCGUACAGCUAAGUAUAAAUUCGAUGUUACCGAAGUAACCAGGAAACUGUUUGUUUCCUAUCGUCGACUUUUUGCGGUGAUGUUGGGAGUUUGUAUCUUUUUUUACAUAUUACCACCCAUCUUUCGUUAUCUGUUUAUGAAUGCACCGGAAAAGAAAGAUCCGCUAAUGCAAUGUAUGGACGACCGUUUGACACCAUUUUUCUUACAAAAUUUCGAGUUCGAUGCCAACAUACGUCACGUGCCACCUUUAGCUGAGGAGCGUAACAUUAUACCUUAUGUUGGCAAUGGUUAUAUUGGCUUAGAAAUAGCUCAUGAUGCUCCUUUGAAUAUAAAGUAUGGACGGGCUAUGCAAUUGCCAACACAAUUUCAUCCAGUCGUAUCAGUUAAGGAGACCGAUGAAGCCGGAAGAGAAGCCACAGUUGUAGAAUAUUUGACAGGCAUUGCGUGGAGAUUUCAAUGCUUCUCAAAUAUGUUCGUAUCUUAUUCAUACUAUGCACAUCGUACACAUCCAAGUGUUCUCAUGCAGGAAAUCAAAAUUACCAAUACUCGCAACACAAUGGAAGAGGUCAACAUAAUCCUGCCAAGAGUACACUUUCAAAAUCCUUCAACGCGCAACAUACAAUUGGGCUCCACCGAGACUGCUAAACAAUUUGAUGUAAUAACUGGCACAAUACAUCCGAAUCCCGAUGAUGCCUCAGUUGUAAUAGUGGUGACAAUCGUAAAACCACAAAUGUCACGUAACAUACAAUUGAAAAAGCGCGGCAGCAUUAAAAUGGAAAUACCUAUUGCUGUUCACUACUCAAAACCUUUAAAGAAAGAACAACAGCAGCAAGUAAGCAACACCAUAGAAGAAACUGAACAAAAAGCCAUUAUGGCCAUGACCAAGGUUUUACAAAGUCUGCAAAGCAAAUCAGAAUCGGCUAGUACAGCCGUACACAACUAUCGACAAUCUCACAUAAAUGUUUGGUCUGAUUUAUGGGCAACCGGUUUUACUAUAAGUACUUCCAAAGCGGAGAAUAGUUUGAAUGGCGACCGCAUUAACGCCACCAUGUAUGCUGUUCUAUCCCAAACACGCAGUUACGAAUUUGAAGAAUUCGUUUCUGUUUCGGCUCCCUCAAAACAGGAUAUUGCGAAAGCUUUGACCUAUGCCGAGGGUUGUUAUGAUUCAUAUCAUACUUUGCAAGCGGAUAAUUUAUGGCUACCCAUGGACUCUUUGGAAAAGUUAAAUAAACUUGUGUCCACUUGGAUGCUUACGCUAGAGAAACAAGGUUGUCAUAAUCUUAUACGUGCUGGCUCCUCGGGCGUUAUACAGGCUAUGGUGCUAAGUUUUGGUAGUUUUCGUUUUAGUAAUCAACAUCUGGAGUGUAAUAUGCAUCCAAAAUAUCUACAUCGUGAUUUUCAUUUUCGCCGCUUAAACUAUGGCAAUCGUACACACGUUAAUGUAACCAUUAACGUGACAGAGGAUAAUAAGGCUGUCAUUAAUGUAGCGUUAGAUCGUUCCGAUCGUAGUUAUUAUGCAUGCGAUGGCGGUUGUGUAGAUGAACCGGUUUUAUUAACUCAAAAUCGCCGUCAAUUUCCUGUAAAACUUACAGAACCAUUGACUGCCAUUCUAUAUAUAACAGAAGACAAACAGCAUAUGGUGGAGUUACAUGAUGCUUUACAUGUCAAAGAAGUAGCUGAAGCUCCCGCUCACGAACAACAUGUUAUAGCUUUACAUAAACAUGGUCAUCAGUUGGGCGGACUACCUACACUCUUUUGGGUUUCUGUAUGUGCAAUAAUUAUAGUGUUCCAUAUAUUCUUGUGUAAAUUAAUCAUUAAGGAAUAUUGUGAACCCUCUGAUAAAAUACGUUAUCGUUAUAAUAAACCGUGAUUUUAGAUUUUAUGUUUCUGUAUUAAA